UAUUAGUGAUGGGUGUCUUUGGAAGCAAUCGACACUUAAGGAUUUGUGUCAUAAUCUGUUUCUCGAUUGUAGCAGGGACACACUCACUUCAAUGUUUAGGGAGGAAUGGGAAGUACGAGUGUUGUAACGGGUAUAUGUGGAACGAAACAUUGCAGAACUGUGACACAAGGUGCCUCCCUAGAUACUUCGGUAAUAACUGUACCAGACAUUGUAGUCCUGGUCGUUAUGGAGAGGGAUGUUCUAACCUGUGUACAGAAUGUGAUGUGUCUCAAUGCAAUGUAUCCUUUGGUUGCCCUGUAUCUACUACAGAAAUUCCUACGCCGAAAAUACGGGUACCAGAGAUGCAAGAAUUGAAUCAGAGAAGUGAGAAUGUAUCAAUGGAAUCGCUUCCAAAAUCAAAUUCCAAAAUUUCAAGAGAAAAGGCACAAGGUAUCCCAUGGCAAAUGUUGUCUGUGGCGUUCUCAAUUGCAACAUUUGCCGUAGUAUUGCUGUACAUUGCCAAAAGAGGCUGCGAAAAACCAAAAGUUGUAAUGGCAUCAAAAGAAAACUCCAAGGUUACAUGGCCGAGCAACAUUGUGGACGGAUCAAAACUUGGGUACCAAAACUACCAACCUUUGCAUAAUGAAUCUGUGUUCAAUGGAACGGCCAAUGUUACCAUCAACAUGGACACUGAGGAGGAGAACUUUACAGUUAUUUUGAAAACUGACCAAAAUGAUGGAAGGUUGACUAGACACCAUACAACAGAGCCGAAAAGGAACAUGGGGAAUUCCAUAAAUGAAAAUGGAAAAAUCUAUGAAUCGUACAUUAACAGAGAAAUUUAAUAAUUUUUUUUUAGCACGAAACUUCAGAAAAAUUGGCUUCUCUUAUCAUCUGCUAUAUACAGAGUUGGAAAAUGAAAACAAAAUUAAAAUUAUAAAAGUUUCGGCUCAAAUUCUAGCUUAUUGCAGCUAGUGGCCUAUUUUAGACUGACCCGGAUAUAAUAUGUGUUAUCAAGUGAAUAUCUAAGGGGUACAUGAAUAAAUUAUGAAAAGAUUCCCCAACAAAUAAGAAUUAUAUACAUCAAAUUACACUAAAAAAUUGAAAACUAGAAGCAAGCAUCCUGAUAAUCUUCCUAGUGGAAGACGAUAAUUUUAUUCCCAAUUUUUUUUCUGUUGUUGGGGAUUUUUCAAGAAUUAUUUAAUGACUUUGUUAGUGUGUGUUGCAGAUAUCUUUCUGGGAGUCAGUGAUUUUUUUUUCAAGCUAUUCAUUUUUAUUGAUUUGAUGUUCCCCAUGUCAUGUACAUAUUGUGUUGUUUUGUGUUCUUUUUUUAAAAAAUAUCCUUGAACAUUUAUCAUAUA